UCGAACUGCGGGGCAUCGUUGCUGGGGCCGUGUGGGAUAGUGCACUUUCAUCCGCGUUUCUCACCCUGCUCCUAACUACACCGGCUCGACAUGCUGCCGGACGCGUUCGGCUGCGCCGUGGCGAACAGGUUCGGGAACCUGCUCGACGACGACGGAGACCCGCUCGACCUCCUCAGCCAGGCGGAGCUGGAGAAGGAGAAAAUGAAGAUGAAGAAGAAGAAGGAGGAGGAGAGGAAGAACAGGAACAAGAAGCCCGGCCAGAAGGAGUCCCAGAAGGACCGGCGCUGCUCGGACCUGGCUGCAGUUUGCAAGCAGCCAGCAUGUCCUGCAGUGGCUGAUGGCAGAGAUGCAGGGAAUGCCCAGAGGGGCACGAGGAGACCUGCUGCUGCUGGGCAACGGAGAUUCAACCAAGAGCAACCGCCUCUGGAGUUCUCAGUCUCCAGGCCCUCCUAUACUGAUGACUCUUACCUCGGGGGAAGAGGAGGGAUUAGAGGCAGGAGAGGAGCAAGAGGUGGAGGAUUCCCAAGGAACACUGACAACUUCAAUCUGAGAGGCAAGAGAGAAUAUGAUCGACACAACGCCACAGGUAUCUCUCCAGAGGAGAAAAGAGGAGGCAGAGGACCCUGGAACUGGGGUUGUGUUGAUGAAACUGCAAGUGAACUGAUGGAGGUGACGUCUGAUACUACGGUCAAAACUGAGGAUCCCCAAAAACUCGUGGAGGGGGAGAAUAUGGAUCAGGCAACAGGCGAAGAGGACAAAGAGAUGGUGGUCCAGGUUGCCAUGGAAAUGACUCUGGAUGAGUGGAAGGCCAUGCAGGAGACGAAUCGCUCUAAAGCCGAGUGUAAUAUCCGCAAACCAGUGGACAAGAUUCCCUCCAAAGCCAAGGUCAUCCACCAGUCCAAGCGCCUAGAGAACAUUGAGCAGACUAUUGAAGAUGAUGGAACCUUCCUGCGCAGGUCUGUUAAUGACAUCACCUCCCUCUUGGACAUAAAUUUUGGGAGUCUUGGACGACCCAGUCGCGGGGGCCGAGGAAGGGGAGCACGAGGUGGUCAGAGUACUCGCCUCGAGAAUGUCCGACCCAUAAUAGAAAGGGAGGAUGAUUUGGCACCGGAUCCAGAUGACCCAGAAGACUUUCCCGCUCUAUCAGCAGGAAAAUAACUGAAUUUACUCAUUAACCUUCUGCCACAACAUUGUUCACAUUUCUGUUGGGUUUUGGUUGCACUGAAUACUGUUCAAUAAAUGCUUUUGCAAGGUGUUCUGUUUUGAAGGAAACAUCAGACUUAGACCUUUUUCUUCCCUU